AGCAUAAAACAUGGGCCAUGUCUUCAAAACGUCUGCUCAGGCAAGUCACGUAAUUCAUGAUUUCAGGGAUUUAGCGUUGUAGUAAAGUAGGCCUAAUAAAAUAUCUAUAUAUUAAGAUUUUAUUUAUUUGGGUCGUGUCUUUUUUUCGUGUCAGUUUAGUUUCAUUUUAUUUAUAAAAUCAAUCAUUUGAUGUGAUGAGGAAAUUCCAGUUGAUCUAGAUUAGAGGCGAAAGCUUGUAAUAUGUAGCCGAUGUAGAAAUGGCAUAUUUGUCACAGGUAUUUAUUUCAUACAUGGAUCAACCCCUCCUUAUUAGCAAGGAGGUGUGACCCAUGUAUGAAACAAGUGCUAUUGAUAUGAAUAUCUGCUUUGGUCAGGUUGGGAACACCUCGCCAAAGAGGGAUGGCGAGAAAUAAACAUGACCAUAAACAGGGGUUUUGGCGUAUUUAUUGAAAAUAAUGGCAAAUCCCAUACAACGCUGAAUAAGUGCGACGCACACUCAACAUGAUGGAAAUUGUUUCUGUGAAAUUGACAACAUAGUCAAGAAAUUGCAUAUCAAAGUUACUGCGUAAGAGGGAAGCAGUCUGCAAUCCAAUGCAUAUUAUGAGAAAGGUAUUACACACAUUUUCAUCUGAAUUAAAGAAGACUUUGUGCAAGCGAUGCCAAAACAGCAUACAUCAUCAAAGGAAAUGGUUUACAACAGGUCCAAAACUUUUUGGUGUCUGGGAACCUGAGGGUCUGGAUGAACCAAAGAUAGGGCAGUACCAGAACAUCGACAUUCAGCUGAGAGGAUAUGAUUAUGCAGUCUUAGAAUACCACUGUCAAUUCUUAAAGUCACUUAGUUCCACAAUGGCCCAGAACAUGACUGUCAUUGCAAUUCCACCCAGAAGUUACUCCAUAAAGACCUACUAUGAAAACUCAACUAAAGUUUUAGAAAUUUACAAUUUGAAAAGAUAUGAAAGAAAACUACGAUUUGAUAGUGUUUUGUGCACGAAAUUCACACCGUUUUUAGAGGUUUUAAGGAAAAGUCUACCAGCGGGGGUGGAUGUACAAAUCAUGGAGUUUACAAAGGAAGAAGAGGAAUUCCGUUAUAUUCCAAGUGAUGAAAAAUUAAAACUUUUAGAUCGACUCAGGUCUUUGGAGAAAGAAAAACUGGAGAGAGAAAGAAGAAAAGACUAACUAGUGUGAAGACCUAAAACUGAAAUAAUUUAUUCAUGUACAUGCACUAAAGUACAUGUAGAUAAAAUAAAUAUUAAAGCCUUUCAUAUAAUAGGGAACCCAGUGA